UGUGUGUGUGUGUGUGUGUGUUUGUGUGUGUGUGUGUGUCUUCAGUCUAAUAAGAAAUCUUGAUCUGUUCACCAAAAGAGGAAAUCCCAUCCUUUUCAUUGCAGCUCGAAACCUCCGCUGGUGAGACAUAAAACUCGGCUGUGUUUUGGACCAUGGGAGGUUAUUAUGGGCUGGCGGUUCUGGUGGGCGUGGCCUUGCUUCUGACGACCGGCCAAUGUGACGUGAGCUGCAGAGGAACGGACGGCCGAGCGGGAGAGGACGGAAUCCCCGGCAGGGAUGGAUGGCCUGGAGUGAAGGGCGAGAAAGGAGAGCCAGCUGUGAUGUCCCGCGGUCCGGUGGAUCCAGACGUCCUCCUGAGGCUGAAGGGGGAGAUGGGGAGUCGGGGCAUUCAAGGGGUUAUGGGUCCUAAAGGUUACCGUGGAGAACUGGGAGCAGGGGGUCGCCCGGGAAGUCCUGGUCGCCCCGGCCCUGAUGGGAGGAGCCUUGGUCAAGGAGUACACUCCCCUCAGCAGGCCCGUUCAGCUUUCUCAGUGAUGAGAAAUGAUGACAGUUAUCCUCGCUACAACCAGGUAGUAACCUAUCAGACUACUGUGGUCAACACACCUGGGGACUUCAACGCAGCCACAGGUUACUUCACCUGCAGAGUACCUGGUGUUUAUUACUUCACCUUCCACUCUGCGGCCAGGACCAGCAUAUGUCUGCGUAUAGCCAGUGAGGCUCUACUCAACAAGCUGGGAUUCUGUGAUUACAACAAGAACAGGAACUAUGAUCAGGUGCUGUCGGGCGGCGUGGUCUUAGAGCUGACAGCCCGGCAGAGAGUUUGGCUUGAGUCCUUCGAGGACGAGCAGGCAGCUUCGGAGCAGCGAGACACACGCGCGAAACAGAUCAUCUUCAGUGGCUUCCUGCUCUUCACACAUCAAGAAUAAAGUCCAGUUGUACACUCAGCAUGGAGUCAGGGCUGAAAACCUGAUACUUUUUGAACCUUUAUGAAUUUAGAAUCUAAAAUGUUUUUACCAUAACUCGAGAUCAUAAUAGAGUAAUAUUUGUGAAACUUUUAUGCUUGUUUGGUUUGAAUGUGAACCCACAGGUGACUUUGGAUUUCACCAGUUUGUUUCCUUUACAUUAACUCAUGUAAACCUUCUUUGGUUGUUGACUUUGUGAGUGCAACUAUUAAAAAGAAAGUUUAUUAUUGA